GCGCCGCAGCCGGUGGCGGGAGCGUUCUGCUUCCUCGGCUGUUGGCGUGUGGUUGCCGGGGCAACAAGGGGCAGCGGAGGUGCUCGCGCCUUUUCUCCGUCCGCCGUCCCGCUGCCGCGGCCGGGAGGCAUUUUAUAAAACUACUUACAAGAGCACAUGAAAAACACUACUAAAUGAAGCGGUAGAGCAGUUUGGCCUAUUACAGAAUUAUGGUUCAACUGACAAUGGACCUAAUUGCUAAAAGCAUCAGUCACAAGAAUCGCAGUGAAGAGGACUUUGGACAGUAUCUGCGAAAAAUAACUCAUCUGAAUUUAUCAGAUAAAAAUAUAGAUGCAAUUGGUGACCUCUCUUUAUGUAAAAAUCUUAGAGUUCUGUAUUUAUAUGAUAACCAAAUCAAUCAAAUCCAGAACUUGAACUUUACUUCAAAUAUAACACACCUUUACCUUCAGAACAAUUGUAUUACAUGCAUAGAAAAUCUCUCAUCGCUGAAAAACCUUGAAAAACUGUAUUUGGGGGGCAACUGCAUCACUGUAGUAGAGGGUUUGGAUAAAUUAGAAGAAAUAAGGGAGUUACAUAUUGAAAGUCAACACCUCCCUCUUGGUGAAAAGCUUCUGUUUGAUCCAAGAUCUCUUAGGUCCCUGGCAAAAUCUUUGUCUGUGUUGAAUAUCAGCAAUAACAACAUUGAUGAAUUAGAAGAACUGGCAGUUUUGGAAAAUCUUUCUUAUCUUAGAGCAGUUGACAAUCAACUUCAGCAUUUGAAGGAUUUGGAUGUUGUGUUAAACAAAUGGACAAAGCUACGCAGAAUGGAUCUUACAGGAAACCCCAUCUGCCACAAACCAAAAUACAGGGACAGGAUUGUAGUACAGUCACGAACUUUAGAAUACCUUGAUGGGAAAGAAAUUAAAGAAAUGGAAAGACAGUUCCUAAUGAAUUGGAAAGCCUCCAAAGCUGCCAGGAAAAAAAACAAAGAAAGAAUGACAAAUGAAGAUGCAGCCUAUCUACAUUUUUCUGACUUUGAAACAUCUUAUCCUAUUCUUCCCUUUCACUACAGUCGCUCUGUGAAAGAAAAACCAAAUUUUUUAGUUUUGUCUGAGACACACAAAGUGAAAAAACCCCCUCUGCCAAGAGUCCUGGAAAAAAAAUAAAUCAGACAAAGCCUCAGGUUGAGGACGAAUCGGAAGUAACGGCAGAAUUAAGUUCAUUCCUAAAAGCCAGAAGUUACAGGAUGUGAAGAUUUAGCCAUUAUUGGAUUUUUUUUUUCCCCUCAAAACUUACAAAGAAAGGCACUGGCAUCUCUUUGGGUAUGUUAUCUGCGUCUUUGUAAUCUCAAAACCAGACAGAAUGAAGUAUGUUGAACUUAACACUGCCUUUUAAAAGCAUUCAGAAAAAAUAAGGGAACUGCCUAUUUAAUUAGAAGCAAUGCUUUGUAUUAAAAGCAUGUAAAAACAUCGGCUCAUGGUAGCCUAAAUGGGUUGCCUGGUUCUUCAGCUUCCUCAAGAAAGGAGUUGUUUUUAACCAGCAUCUUACCUAGUUUGUGACCUGAAUACCUGAGUAGCUGCUUCUUUCCAUCUGUGAUACUCUUAGCAAUUAUGCAGGGGCAUGCCUGUAGUCUCUUACUUCGAAAAAGAAAGGAACAAUUAGCAUAUGAUAUUAGCAUUGAGAUCUGUAGUCCUAAAAAAUAAUUUCCAUCAUUUGGAUUUUUCCAAGUUCUGGUGAAUAACGUGGCAUAGUUAGGAAAGAAAGCACAAGAAGAUUAAUGAUGUCUGUGCUGAUUAAUUUUUGGAUUGGGAGUAUUACACAUUAAUUUUACUUCAAAUUCUGCUUUAAGUAACUGGGACUUGAGUUUGGCUGCUUUGCACUAGUUUGAGUAAUUAAAUGAAUGCUCGAGACUUCAGGUUUAGGAAAAUUCCAAAUGUACAGAUAAGGAAAGGAAAACCCAGCUUGUAAAUUGCUCCGGAAUAAAACCUUUCCCAAUGGAGUUUCUCUGUACAAA